AUGCCUCUCCGCGAACUCCAAUACCCGACCGAACCUUACAACAAGGUCAACCGGCUCAAAGACCGGGCGGACUACAGCCUAGAGACGAUCCAUCAGAUCGUCAACUCGUGCCCCAUGCUGCACGUCUCCUUCCAGCCGCCCGACAGCCCCUUCCCCGCCGUGCUGCCCAUGAUCGGCCAGAUGGGCUCGUUCUCGCGGCCCAGCGCGGACGUGGGCGAUGUGUUGGACCUGUACCUCCACGGCUACGUCUCGUCGCGCAUGAUGAACAUGGCCCGCAACAACCCUGAUGCAUCCCAGCAGCAGCAGCAACAACAAGCACAAGCACAAGAAGGACGCGGCCUCCCCAUCACCAUCUGCGCCUCGCACCUGGACGGCCUCGUCCUGGCCCUGACGCCCAACAGCCACAGCUACAACUACCGCAGCGCGGUGCUCUUCGGGCACGCGAUGCCCGUGACCGACGCGGCCGAGAAGCUGUACGCCAUGGAGCUGAUCACCAACGGCGUGGCGCCGCAGCGGUGGCAGAACACGCGCGUGCCGCCCAACGCGGCCGAGAUGCAGAGCACCAGCGUGCUGCGCGUCCGGAUCGCCAGCGGCAGCGCCAAGAUCCGGAGCGGCGGGCCGCACGACGAGCGGGGUGACAUGGAGGAUGGCGCCUUGCUGGACCGGGUGUGGACCGGCGUGGUGCCGGUGUAUAGUGUCAUGGGCGAGCCCGUUGCCGGCGAGUAUAAUAGGGUUGGGCAGGUGCCCGCGUAUUUGGAGGGUUGGAGGCGGGAGGCGAAUAAGGACGCCGAGGAGCAUGCGAGGGAGGCGGCUGGCGGGGGAUCUGCUGCGAAGAGUUGA